ACCGUGUGUCUGCUCAGCUCCGCUUAGCUCACACGAGUGCAUGUGCACACAAACACGAUGAGUGCAGAAUAAUCUGAUUUUCCAGACAGGUUUUCCCAUGUAAUUGCCUGGAACAGAAGUGCCCAAAGCUAAUUUUAUCCUGUGAAACUGUUGGAAUGAUAAGCCGAAGGUGGGUGAUUGCUUGUGCAAACGAGUAUGCACAGAGCCAAUUUUCCAGUCGUGCAGAAAUGGUGCAUAACAAACUUAGGGUACACUUCUGAGCUUAUCUCUCUGCAGGAUCUCGAUCUCCUGUUGCUCAGUACACCUUGCCCAGGUGUUCCAGACCCUUUCAUUCUCUGCUAAGAGAUCCUCGGUUGUAUAAGCAGGGACCUGCCCGACAGCUAGGCAAAAGGUGAGCAAGGCAGGCAGCCCGAGCCAUCCUGACAGCGAGGAAAAGUUCACAUUGCUCACACAGCACCGAGGGACUGAGCGGGUCCCACGCCCGGCUGCGCCACCGAGCCCACCCCGGCACCGCCGCGGGGCCACGCCCGUGCGCCCGGGGGUCGGGAAGGCUCCAGCCCACAGACGGGAGGAAAAAUCCUUUGGGGCAAAAGUUAUGCUCUUCCCUUCCUCCCGGCUUUGCUUUCUGCUCCUGACGCCCGAGAUCGCCGCUCCCCCUCCAGCCAGCCCCGCUCCAAGGAGAAGCCCCAUCGGAGGCUGCGAUCUCCGCGGCAGCGCUCGGCUGGCCGGGCUGGGACCGGGACCGGGAUCGGGAUCGGGAUCCGGAUCCGGAUCCGGAUCGAGAUCGGACUCACCCGCACCCUCCUCACCCCCCUCCUGUGCUCUCCCUCCCGCAGGGGCGGCGGUGCCGGCGGAGCCCCUCACUCACCCGUGCCGGCCGCGGAGCCGCUCCCCGCCGCGCUGCUGGCUCAGAUCCACCCCGUACCCAGGCAGCCUGCUCCAGGACAGCGUGAGGAGGUACCUGCAGCUGCCCGCAGACCAGACAGUGCUCAUCCUCCACGCCAAAGUCGCACAGAAAUCCUACGGCAACGAAAAAAGGUUUUUCUGCCCCCCACCUUGUGUUUACCUGAGCGGGCCGGGAUGGAAGUUAAAGCAAGAGCAGAUAAAAGCCAGGGACCUGGGAGAGGCUGGAUUUCGGGUGUGUGGGUACAUGGGGCUGGACAGCAUGGGCAGCAGCCUGAUGGAGACCCAGAAGCUCAGCUUUGAGGAGCAGCCAGACGCGAAGGGGUUCAGCUGUGCCAAGGCCCUGUACAUCUCGGACACGGACAAGCGCAAGCAUUUCCGCCUGGUCCUGAAGCUCUUCUUCAGCAACGGGCAGGAGAUUGGCACCUUCCACAGCAAACUCAUCAAGGUCAUCUCCAAGCCCUCGCAGAAGAAGCAGUCGCUGAAGAACACGGACCUCUGCAUCUCCUCAGGCUCCAAAGUGUCCCUCUUCAACCGCCUGCGCUCCCAGACUGUCAGCACGCGGUACCUGUCUGUGGAGGGGGGAGCCUUCAUCGCCAGUGCCAGGCAGUGGGCAGCCUUCACCCUCCACCUGGCCGACGAGCGCUGCUCCCGGAGCGAGUUCCCCCUGCGGGAAGGGUACAUCCGCUACGGCUCCGCGGUGCGCCUGGUGUGCACGGCCACCGGCGUCACCCUGCCGCCCCUGAUCAUCCGCAAGGUGAUGAAGCAGUAUGCCAUGCUGGACGUGGAUGAGCCCAUCUCCCAGCUCCACAAGUGUGCCUUCCAGUUCCAAGGCAGUGACCGCAUGUACCUGUGCCUCUCCACAGACAAAGUGAUCCAGUUCCAGGCAUCUCCCUGCCCGAAGGAAGCCAACCGGGAGCUGCUGAACGACGGCUCGUGCUGGACCAUCAUCAGCACGGAGACGGUGGAAUACACCUUCAGCGAGAGCCUGGCGUGCGCCCGCCCGCCCGUCAGCCCCGUGCCGCUCAUCGCUGCCCUGCAGCUCACGGGCGGCGGGGACGUGGCCAUGCUGGAGGUGCAGGGGGAGUAUUUCCAUGCACACCUCAAGGUCUGGUUUGGAGAUGUGGAGGCAGAGACGAUGUACAGGAGCCCCAAGUCCCUUGUGUGUGUCGUCCCUGAUGUCUCUGCCUUUGGCAGUGGCUGGAGGUGGCUGCGAUAUCCCAUCACGGUCCCGCUCCUGCUGAUCAGGGACGAUGGCCUCAUCUACUCCAGCUCGUUCACAUUUACCUACACCCCGGAGCAGAGCUGCAUCCCAGGGCAGCAGGUCCUCUCAGAUGUCCCCCAGGAUUCAGACAAAUUACUCGACAGCAUCCACCAGGAGUUUACCAGGACCAACUUCCACCUCUUCAUGCAGACCUAGCAGGCUGGGUGGGCAGAGGCUUGGCCUCACUGCUGGCCUAGGGAAGGGGAACAGCCUGAGCCAUGCUGAGGGUGCUCAUCCAGGGCUUGGGGUGGCCCUGCCAAGGGGUUCUCCCCACUCAUCAAACACCCUGCAUACUCCUGUGAUUCACUGAUUUAUCUCUCGCAGCAGCAUCUUACACUGCUGAGAUCUCACAUGAGAGCAUCAAUAAACCAGGC